AUGUCAAAUACAAGCUCUCAUGGAAUCCAGCUAGCAGAGCCGGUUUUGAACGAGCACGACUUUAAGGAGCUUCGUCACCUAGAAAAACAAGCUGAGCACCCGAAACCUAACAUCCUAGGGAUAAUAACGAAUGGGGAUGGGGCAGACAUUAAAGUUGCAGUGAAGAAACUACGUGUGCACGCCAUGAAGGAUGGAAAGUUUCAGAAGAGACUGGCAAAGGAGCUGUACAUAUGGUCGAAGCUCAACCACCAUUGCAUUUUACCUUUGGAGGGAUUCUUUGUUGAGGAUAACUGCUGCCCUUCCCUGGUCUUGAAAUGGAUGAAAAAUGGGGACGCGCUUGACUAUCUAGUUGCGAAUCCUGGUGCAGAUCUGUUAUCCUUGGUUACCAAAGUUGCGGAGGCCAUACUUUAUCUUCAUACAAACAACAUAGUCCAUUCUGACAUAAAACCGGACAACAUCUUGAUAUCCAACUCGGAAGAACCUCUGCUCUAUGACUUUGGGGUAUCUCGCAUGCUCACAGAUCCGAAAUCUAUGCAAUUCACUCUCUUGACAAAGCAGCCACCAUAUCACGAAAAAGCAACUGCAGCCCAAGUUAUGAUGGCCAUAAUCCAGGGCUCCUUGCCAACUAUUCCAGCCAAGAUCGAGCAGGGGUCCAGUCGAGAUUAUUAUAUGUGGAGAAUGUGCGAGUUCUGCUGGGCUGUGCCACAGGAGAGAGGAUCGAUAAAAUCCCAGUUGGAGUUUCUGAAGACCAUGGAGGCCGAAUUCAACGUGGACUUGCCUGCAAGCAACACGUUAGCUCGCAAAUCUUGGAGUAUAUCACCUCAUUUAGGCGUUUUUAUCUUGUGGAACUAA